GCAUUCUUAGUAUAAAACCCUCGUAACAGGCCAUUCCAGCAUUCAUUUCUUCCUUUGGAGCUCUUGAUGAAAAGCCUUCUGUCACACCACAAAUGUUGUCUAAGAUCAGUCGCAUAUAGCAGACUUUUGUUGUGUAUUAGUCAUAGAAUUAAUAUUGAAUGUAGUAAUUGCGUAAGUUUACCAGUUUCUGUCUUUCUUCUUCUGUUUUCAUCACUUGAAACUUCGACGUCAUGGUAAUCAAAUCAGAAUAGAUUAGAAAGAAAUAGAGAGUCCACUUUAACGAGUUCCCAUACUUCGCUCUCUCUAUCUAUAAUAUUAGUUCUAUGGUAUUAGUAACCGAUCCCACAAAGUACAAGAUGGAGACGACACAUCACGUGACCAAACCAACAAGACUUUCGCCAUAUUGUAAAAACAUACUUAAUAUCGUGAUUAGUGUUUUAUAAUGUUAUUUUGAUGUUCAGACGAAUUUAAAAUUGUGUGUUUUGUUUCUAAAUAUUGUGUCGUGUGUUUUUCAUUUAUAUAACAUUCCACAGGUAAGUGUAAACAGUGCAGUACUUUAAUCAGUUUUCUGAUAAACGUAUUAGAUCCGAAAUUUUAGUGAGUUCGGUCCUGACGUUCAGUAUUGUCAAGUUGUUAUGGAUAAGUUACUUUGAUUUGCAUCCUCGUAGAUCUCCAUCACUUAUUGAUGAAAUUUUCGCGUUUGUAAGCGUUAUAAGUAUUUUAUUUACUUAAGAAUAACAUUUUUGUCUGCGUGAAACAUUCAGUAUAGUACAACAACCCUUUUAAAAUAUGACAGUGUAUUUUCCACUAUAUUACGAGAAGUAAAUCACAUACUCAAAUUGAUUUAAACCACACACAUAGUUUGGUACAAAUAGCUUUUUAACAAGUUAACAGCUAACCAACCAUGAAAUUGAACUGCUCAAAAGAUAUAAAUACCAAGUUCUUCCAAGAGGUCCAUUCAGAACGUCGCAGAGUAUCACAAAAUAACAGCCCCGAUCAUCGUAGACCAACUUGACUACACAAGCCACAUUGAACAAGAAAGAGUUUUUUAGUUUACUUCACCGAAAUGUUACCGUUUAAAAAAUCUACCAGCAAGUCCGUUAUUAUCCUACUGAUAUUUUUUAUUUCAACUUGUUUUGGAUUUUUGGAGAAUCUAAAUAGAGAUCAUCAAUCUCGUAGAAGCUUUCGAAGAAGUCGCGUAUCUGCAGAUAGAGAAUUUCGUGAAGAAUUGCCUCUUCGCAGAGAUAAUAGUCGACGUGCUAAUGAAAAAGACGUGAUUUACGAAAAUUUGUACGAUAGGCGAAGCUUUAGAACUGGCACUGACAGACAAUUCAGAAAUCAAGACAGAGAACGCGUAUCAAAUAUCCAAGAUAGACAUCUUGUAGAGAGAUCUGACAACAGGGUUAGAGAUCAUAACCGUUCUCAACUAGAUAGAUCGAGAUCUCUUAUACAAAAUGAUAGAAGAACGAAUGGAUUCGACAGGAAUAUUCGGCAAGAACGUGAACGUUUUUCUCGCGACAUUAGAGAACGCAGAAACGACGCUAGACAAAGCAGGAAUCUUGCCUCUAGGGUCAGUUAUCGUGAAGGAAGUUUAGAAGAACGCCGUCGUCACCGAGUAGGUGUCGAAAGCACCCAGUUAACUCGUGCUCGAGUUGUCAGAUAUCGGCGAAAUGUGGAAAAUCGUCAAUGCGAUUUAAAUCGAAAAGAAACGCAACGUUCUGGUGGUACUAAAUAUGUUCCGAUGGUAAUUCGAGAAUCCAGGGUACGAGAUGGCGAAAGACAUUCCAGACAAUACCGAUAUGGCACUUUGAACGAAAAUAGAAAUCCUUCAGUGAAUCGAGAUGAUUCCAGACGUACAAGAAGAACUAGGAAUAUUUAUAGAAACGAUUAUGUAGCAAGAGAUGGUGUUCUUAACGGACCAAUUUCAACUCAUUCGUCUAGGAAUGAUGUUUAUAGAGCCGCUUCGUCUAGAAGAGACUCCGCUAGACAAGUAUCGAACGCUCGAAUCAAUUCUAGGAACACCGAAAACGACUCGGGCUCUUCGAGACAGUUUGUGCCAGUUGGGUCGAAUCAGAGGGCAACGCGACAAUCCAUAGAUCAAAGUCGAUCUGUACAAUCCACAGAUCGACGUUCUGUACCAGUUGUUGAAUACUUACCAAACGAAAAUUUGGUUCGGAAAUUGAAGUUCGAUGUUUUGGCUAACGUCAUACAAGUCAUACUCGGCGUUUACUUGAUUGGGCAGAUAUUCGCGCAUUCUUCAAAGAAAAAACUUUUUGGAUAUCAAAGUGUAUUGCCUUCUUGGCAUUCCGUAAAGGAUAAAUUGGAUUAAUCGUUUUAUGUUUUUAUUUUGAGGCAAUUGCUGAACUGAUGACAACCGCUAUGCUCUAAGGUACCUGAUGUAGAUUUAACAUUAAUAGUAGUUAAUAUUUAUGGAAAAUAAACAUAUUCACAACAUCUUUCAACUCAAAGUCUAUCAAAAUCUCGGAAUAGAAUAUUCGUUAUUAUAAAUAUAUGUAUAAACGUAUUCAGAAUGUUAUUAAAUGUAGUUAGCUAAUAAAUAUUAAAAAAAA